CUGAGUGUUUGGCAGGUGGAGGCCAAACUGGGCUCAGUGUGUUACUUGACUCACUCUGGUUAAAAUGUCUGGUCUGUGACUCCGCCCUCUCUGGACAACAUACCACAAUUCUUCGGAUAAAGUAACUAGUGUGCUUGGACUAAUCGAACUCUUAUAGGUUUGGAACUACUUGGCAAAUAGAGAAGUCAUCAAAGUGCUUGGAAACUAAAUUUCUCACUGCAUGUUUUGGCUCUAGACGCUUCUGAAAACUGGUUUGUCAUGGUGCGACCCCCGUUGUCUGCUUGGCUGGCUUUUGGACUUGCCAGAAAGGCAGCCGUCCCACAUUCCCAGUACUGCCCAGUUUCCAGCUAUAGCACCACUUCAUCAGAUCAGAAAACUCCAUCUUUCAGCUAUGUGAUUGUGGGGGCAGGUUCAGCGGGAUGUGUGCUGGCCAACCGCUUAUCAGAGAACCCAUCUGAGUCUGUCCUCCUCUUGGAGGCAGGGCCCAAAGACUUGCUGUUUGGGUGUACCCGUCUGUCAUGGAAGAUUCACAUGCCUGCAGCACUGACCUACAACCUUUGUGAUGACAAAUACAAUUGGUUCUAUCACACACUGCCACAGGCUGGAAUGGAUGGCCGGGUCUUGUACUGGCCUCGCGGCCGUGUCUGGGGAGGCUCGUCCUCGCUCAAUGCCAUGGUCUAUAUCCGUGGGCAUGCCGAGGACUACAACCGCUGGCACAAAGAAGGUGCUGAGGGCUGGGACUAUGAGCAUUGCCUCCCAUACUUCAGGAAAUCCCAGACACAUGAAUUGGGAGCGGAUCGAUACCGGGGUGGUAGUGGACCCCUACAUGUUUCCAGAGGCAAAACCAAUCACGCGCUUCACCAUGCUUUUAUUGAGGCUGCUCAACAAGCUGGUUACCCCUUCACCAAGGACAUGAAUGGAUACCAGCAGGAAGGUGUUGGCUGGAUGGAUAUGACCAUUCACAAAGGCAAGAGAUGGAGCACAGCAAGUGCAUAUUUGCGGCCUGCUCUCUCUAGAAACAACCUGAAGGCAGAAGUCAGAUGCUUGACCACACGGAUCCUUUUUGAUGGGACGCGAGCAGUAGGGGUGGAGUACCAACAGAAUGGUCAGUCGAAGAAGGUAUUUGCUGACAAGGAGGUCAUUGUCAGUGGUGGAGCCAUUAACUCCCCACAGCUGCUGAUGUUGUCUGGGGUGGGAAAUGCUGAUGAUUUGCGCAAACUGGAAAUCCCUAUCGUGCAACACCUCCCAGGUGUGGGAAGUAAUCUCCAGGAUCAUUUAGAGCUGUAUGUUCAACAGAAGUGCACUAAGCCAAUCACUCUAUACAAAGCUCAGAAACCGUUCCAAAUGGUUCAGAUCGGCCUGGAGUGGCUUCUGCGCUUCACAGGUUAUGGUGCUACAGCUCAUCUGGAGAGUGGUGGUUUUAUUCGCAGUCAUGCUGGUGUCACUCAUCCUGACAUCCAGUUUCACUUUCUGCCAUCUCAGGUUAUUGACCAUGGCCGCGUCAUGCCUAAGCUCGAGGGUUACCAGGUACACGUUGGACCAAUGAGGAGUACGAGUGUUGGCUGGUUAAAACUCAAGAGUAGAAAUCCACUUGAUCACCCUUGGAUUGAACCGAAAUACCUCUCAACUGACAUUGAUAUUUGGGAGUUUCGGGAGUGUGUAAAGCUGUCACGUGAAAUCUUCGCCCAGCCAGCUUUUGAGCCGUUCAGGGGUGUUGAGCUGCAGCCUGGCAUCUCUGUCCGGUCUGAUGCGGAGAUUGACGCCUUUGUGCGGCAGAAAGCAGACAGCGCCUAUCAUCCGUCUUGCACCUGUAAGAUGGGCCAAGCCUCGGACCCGAUGGCUGUUGUGGACCCUGAGACGCGUGUGCAUGGCCUGCAGGGACUCAGGGUGGUGGAUGCCUCAAUCAUGCCCAGUAUAGUCAGUGGCAACCUGAACGCCCCAACUAUCAUGAUUGCUGAGAAAGCCGCUGAUGCGAUCAAGGGGCUUCCCUCACUCCAAGAUCAGGGUGUCCCUGUUUAUAAGCCAGCCAGCCUGGAAACGCAGAGAUGAGUGAUCCUGCUGAAAUAAAAAGGAGGAUGUGGGGGAAUGUAUGUGAGUACAGGCUAGGGGACAUAAUGCUGUAAUGGGAUGAGGAAUCUAAAAUACAGUUAACCUGCUAGUAUUCUAAAAAAGAUAUGUCUGGGGACACAUGCUGUGACAUAGAAACAAGUUAAUAUAAAAAUAAAUUCUGUAUUGCUUUGAUAAACUGCUGCAGGCUAAGAGUUUAAUUCUGUUUUUAAUAAAUAUUAGCUUUUUCCAAAAAAAAAAUCUUUAAUAUAUGCACAAUCACUACAGUCUAACAGUGCACUUCACUACAGAAUAGUAGUUAACUGGUAUGAUGGUUCAUAAUUGUUCACUAUGCAGCUUUGGUGGACAUUCAUACCUGGUUUGUUUGCAGAGUUCAAAUUUCUGAUUUAUGUUUGAUUUGGUUUCAUACUUCUCAUAAGUUAAUGAAUCAAAAAGCAGAGAAAACAUUGGCUGAAGUCCAUGUCGGGCUGAAAACAUAUGCAUUAAACUGCUGUAUUUCUUUCAAUAGUCAAAUAAUUUGCUGACUCCAGUGUUUGAUUCAAAUGGACUAAACACUACAUAUGUGAAAGCAUACAGAAUGUCUUAUUGCACAGUAAUGUUAGGAAUCACAUUGUUGAGAUAUGUCUAUUAAUAAGGGGCGGGGGGGGGGGUCUUCUACAUGAAGAACUACUCAAGACUGAAAGUCUUACAUAUCAUUUACACAACAGGAAUUAUGUGAGUCUAUAUGCAGUUAUAGAGCUCUGCAUCUGUACCACACAAAGCACAUGUAGCAUUUAUAUUCAGUUGAAUGAAAUGUGGAGGUUGUGAAGGCAAUGCAAACUUGGUCACACUUCUCUUUCUUUACAAGUCUAAUAGUUUGUGAUGUCUUGGUCACUACCAUAGCACUGAGUAUUUUUAAACAGUUUAUUUGAUUAGAAAAUAAUCCAAGCCAAGAACAAGAGAGAAAAGCUGUACAAAAACAGAUUGUCCAUCGAUACAAAACUGGCAAUUCUGGGCAAUGAGCUACAGGCAGAUCUCAGAAUACUUCAAAUAAAUAGUUAUUGAACAAAUGGUACAAUGUCAUGUACACAAAAUCACUAUAUGAAAAUAAACUGUUUUAAUUCAAACCUUUA